UUGUCUGCCCUACGUCACGGUCACUCUUUUUUUCGCUCACAAAACCGAAGGGGCUAGAGUUUCGAGCUGCGUUCGUUUUAGGGUUUAUCCAUCCACGAUAUCCUACAAUGGCGGACGUCGAACCAGAGGUCGCGGCGGCGGGACUGCCGAAGAAGAGAACGUUCAGGAAGUUCUCCUUCAGAGGAGUCGAUCUGGAUUCUCUUCUCGAUAUGAAGACCGAUGAGCUUGUUCAAUUGUUCCAUGCUCGUGCUCGCAGAAGGUUCAAGAGAGGAUUGACGAGGAAGCCGAUGGCCCUGGUCAAGAAGCUCCGUAAGGCGAAAAGAGAGGCGCCGGCCGGUGAGAAGCCAGAACCAGUCAGAACUCACUUGAGGAACAUGAUCAUUGUGCCGGAAAUGAUUGGAAGCAUAGUCGGAGUUUACAACGGUAAGACAUUCAACCAAGUCGAGAUCAAGCCCGAGAUGAUUGGUCACUACCUGGCCGAGUUCUCCAUCUCCUACAAGCCGGUUAAGCAUGGUAGGCCUGGUGUUGGAGCUACCCACUCUUCCAGGUUCAUUCCCCUCAAGUGAAGCUCCCUCUACGCUCCUGUUCUACUACCCCUUUCAUGGCGAUUUAGGGUUUUGGUUUUGAGGCUCCGGCCCGUCAUUAUAGAUGUACUAUUGACUCUUGAUUCCUGCUUUCACAAAGAUGAUCUUUGAACUAUUUGGGAAUCCAUCAUUUUGGAUUUAUUUUUUCUGCAUUCGUACUCUGAUAGUGUCCUGUCUUACUAUGCUACUUUAAGAACAUGUACUGGAGAUUUCUGCCCA